AGAAAAUGAGCAAAAAGUGUGCUCGCGAAGAUUGCGGGAAGACGGUAUAUCCAGUUGAGGAACUGAAAUGUCUUGAUAAAGUUUGGCACAAGCAAUGCUUCAAAUGCACUGUUUGCGGAAUGACAUUGAAUAUGAAAAACUAUAAGGGAUACGACAAGAGACCGUAUUGUGAUCCACAUUAUCCAAAAACCGUGGCUUCAGUGAUGGCGGAUACUCCAGAAAUGAGAAGAAUCGCAGAGAAUACUAAAAAUCAGAGUAACAUCAAAUACCACGCCGAAUACGAGAAAAUGAAGGGAACAAAGAUCGAAAUUGCUGAUGAUCCAGAGAUGGAAAGACUGAAGAAAAAUACUCAGGUUCAAUCAAAUGUUUCCUAUCACGGAGUUCUCGACCAAAAAGCUCGUCAAGAAGAAGUCCGUCCAAAAGAGGAAAUCUCACCAAACCCAACUCCAACUCCAAUCUCUCCAAUGAACCAUCAAUCAUAUUCGGCUCCAACACAAGCAGUAGCCGCAAAUACGCAUUUGAUCUACUCAACAGAGCAAGGUGGAGCAGUAUCUCCAACACCACAAAAAUCAAUCGGAAGUAUUGCUGACUAUGAUCCAAUGAACGGACAAUGGGGUACAGCUGCUGCUCAACCGAGAAAUUCCGAGAAACUUGGAUAUUUGAAGGCUCAAGUGGAUAAAGGUCCGGCAAGAUUUUGUGCGGAUUUUGCAGGAGCUCCACCUCCAUCAUCAAAUAGUAUAUCUUCAACAUCUCCACAUUCAACACUUUCUUCUCCACAAAGCACAAUUUCACCGACUGGAAAAGCUGGAUUUGCAGUUAAGGCAAUUUAUGAUUACGCUGCUGCUGAUAAAGACGAGAUUUCAUUCCUCGAAGGUGAUAUCAUCGUGAACUGCGAGAAAAUUGAUGAUGGAUGGAUGACAGGAACAGUUCAACGAACUCUUCAAUGGGGAAUGCUACCUGCAAAUUAUGUUCAACCACAUAAACUUCCUACCGGAUUGCACCGACUUUCUUAAUAUUUCCAAACCCACGCACAUUUUCUAUCUCUCCAUGACCUGCUCUUGCUCACACAUUUCCCCUAAAUGCUUCAAUUAUGCUUCAGGCUUCUGCAGUUAUUUUUUCAACUUUCUGAAAAUCCCACAAACGGGUUCUGUUCACCUUCUGAAUGCCUUUUCUCCAUUUGUUUUUCAAUCUUCUAAAAUGUUAUAUGGUGCUGAAAUUUAAAAAUUAAAAAUUAUAAUAAAUGAAUUUACUAUCAA